AUGCCAUUAAUGAACAAACCACUAAGCAAUAGUUUCAGAAGUUCAAGUCAGGGAAUAUCUCAUAGUGAUGCACCAUGCAGCAGUCAGCCACAAGCUCUGGAUGAUGAAGCCCUGAGAGCAACCAUAGAGAGUGACAGUAGCCAAACAUGUGGUGAGCUUGCUGCACACUUCCAGGUAUCUGUGGAAACAAUCAGACUUCAUUUGCGCCGCAUAGGAAAGGCAUACAAGCUGAGCAAGUGGGUACCCUACUCACUGUCUGAUGCAAACAAGCAGCAGUGUGUAGUUGCCUGUUUGUCAUUGCUUACUCAGCACCAUAAUGCAUUAAUAUUUGAUCGAGUACUCACCAGCAAUGAAACAUAG